AUGACGCAGACGUCUACAUCUACCAUUAUCCGUCCUCAGCUAGUCAGACUCGAUCGGAUACAACUGGUAACUGAAAGAGACUCUGCAGGAAGCGCCUGGGUCACCAAGAUUAACCGAGCUCUCGACUUUACUUGCUGCGACAUCGAAGCCGGUGUCUUGGCGCGCAACACCAUCCUAUUCACGCUCCUCUCAGAAGGAAAAGAGGAAGCGGCUUUGAAACCUACUCUCGACUUGCUCUGGAACACCUUCUUCGACAUCUUCAUCGACAAGUUCUCUUUCGCGCUCCUCUUUGUCCACGUCCGGAACCUCCUGGAAGCAUCCAGGUCAAUGGAUGCCUGGAAAGCCUCCCCGUACCAUCGCUAUAUCUCAUUUUGCGACCACGACACCCUUACAGCCGUCCACCAAUGCUGGAAGAUGUACGACAUGUGCGCGGGUCUCAACGACACGCGCUCCAAGGCUGCCAUCUCUAAUCACAUGCAGGGCGUCAAGUGGGUCGUGUCCGACCCCGGCCCAAUCGACUUUGUGCAGGCGCGCUCGGCGGGCCUGUUCCGCGGCACAGCGGCACGCGCCCUGCUACGGGGCUACGACCGAUUCUGGACGGACGGCGUUAUGGCGUUCGACGAGGAGACGAGCGCGCGGGCUAUAUACGUCAACCACACCAUGACCUAUUCCCGAGCCGGAUGGAUGUGGAACGUCGACCUCGGGUCGUACCCGCUCGCGUGCUUUCACCUCACCGAGGUGUUUGCCACGGCCGGUCUCGAGGAUGCCAAGAUGACGCGGAGGGCAGAUAAAGAACACGAUGAGCUCCUGCUGAAGGAAAUUAUCCCAGCUGCAAAAAAGCAAUUUUACGCGUGGUGCACGUCCUUGGCCAACGUCUUCCGCGAAGACAAGAAAACUCUAUCUACUCUCGCGGAGGACUCCUCCCCCGCUCCUCCUCCAUUUCUUGUCCGCAUUGCAUGCGGCGACGCGCUCGCGUUCUGCAAGGCUCUGCAGUACUACCGCGAGACGGGAUCUCCAGAGACGCCAAUCGCGACAGCUCCGUUCAGCCUCUCGCGCUUCGCCUUCGACGCGUCCUCUCCGCCCCCGUCCGCAUUCGAUGCAAUCGGCACGUCCACCCUCACCGACGACCUCGGGCUGCUCAACAUCCUCACACACACCACGCCGCUCCUGAAGCGCUCUAGCUUUGCCGCGCUCUACACCGAGAGCGUUACCACCCAGCCCGAACGCGGCGAUGCCGCCACGACGGGCGCGCGGGAGGGCGGCGCAGUCCUGGAGAGCGCGGCGUGCUGCGAUAUCGGCACGUUGUCGCUGCUGCUGGGCGUUGUGCCCGUAGCGCACAUCUCCGGGUUCGCGAUGCACGCCGCUGUCGAUGAGAUGGACACGCGUAAGGCUGCGAGAGGGUUUGGGUACCGGAUCCACGAGCGGGUGGUGUGGCGGCGGCCGGUCAUGCCGGUGCCCGUCCCAGGCGCAGUAGUAGCCAUGUCGGUCGACGUCGAGGCGGGGCCGACGUACCGUCUGGAGUUUAUAUCGGAGGAGCUGGCUGGUGCGCUGUAUGGGGUGUAUCAGAGGAUGUUUGGCGACGAUGAGAACGGUGUCGAAGACAUUGUUAGCAGGAUGAAGGGGCUCAUGUCUGAAGACCCGUCGGGAGCUGGAUCAGAAGACACGAAGCGCGCUAGCCCUUAUACCGAUCACUACACCAGGCGUGCGUUCGCUGAGCUGCUGGUGGUGGCUCGCAGCCAGUUCGGCGCCGGCACGUCCGCUUCCCCCACUGACGACGCCAAUUUCAACGUCAACGUUGAGACAAACUGGACGCGAACGAUGAACGCCCUCAUAGACCUCAUCUGCAACGACAAUACGCAGCUCGGCGGCAUACAUAGCCACCUCCAGGAUCUAUACACGCAACUACACCUCCUCGGACUGCACACCGCCGACCAUCUCCAGCCCUCCAAGUCCGAGCUCACCAACGCUUCAAGUUCUGAAGCGGGCCCGCGCGGUGAAGGAGGCGUGUUCUCCGGCUGGCCCAGCGUACCGCCCACUGUACACAUCGUCCUCGUCGUCCCGCGCACCCGGAUCGACGAGGUCAGACCGCUGCUGGAGCCGACUCGGAGCCCGGGUGAGCUUGGCUCGACGGGCGCGUGGGGGCCUGUGUUGCGGUGCGUGGUUCUGCGGGGACCGACGUCCGAGUCGGCGGCGGGGGAGGGGACGGAGCAGGUGUUUGAGUCCGUCGAUGCGGCGUUCGGAGAGCUUGUCUCCGAGGACGAGGAUGGCUCUGGUGGCGAAGACAAGCGCGAGCACACCGGCGGCGGCGACUUCAAGACCCGGACGCGCGUGCGCGUCGUGCCUGCGAAGGACAAGCGCGGGCUCAAGGGGACGGCUGAUCUUAUCGUGUCAUUCGAGGUGCCCACGGCGGUGUUGGCGGGCGAUAUGAGCGGGCUGAGUGUUGCACUGGCGCUGCGGGGCUCGGAGUGCACGGCGAAUGCGAAGGCGCGCUCGCUGCUAGGAUCGAAGUUGCACUUGUUCAGAAGCGAUGUUAGCGACGAGCGUCACGUUCGCGUCGUGCCGUGCUCGCCGUUCCUCGCUCCGAGCUUCGUCCAGGGUAAUAACAGCACACCCCUCGAGAAACCUGCUCGCAGCCGGAACGAGACCUCGACGGCGCUAGUGCCUGUGCCGAAGAAUCAGCACCAGACAGCCACCGUCCGUGCUGCGAUGGACGAUAAACGAGAAAAGGUUGCAUCGAUGGUCGUCCGGGUGGACGUUCUGGAUGUGAAUGUGAGGGAGAGCCUGGAGAGCGGUGCUGAUGUGACGAUGGUGCUUGCUUCUGCGUGUGCUGUGCGCGUCGCCUGGAAAGGAUACGUACAGGUGCAUUCGUUUCCGCUUCCGAUCGAUUUCAAGGAAGCGCGGGUGCACGUUGAGAGGAAGGAGUGGUAUGUCGAGAUCGCCGCUCCUGUGGCAUCGUCGAUGCUAUGCGAUAACAUGAAAUUCCCCGUCCUCUUCACGGACAAGGGACCUGCGAUCUGGAACAUGCACCGCGUAGCCCUCGACAACCUGCCUCUCCUCAAAUUGCUCCCCAAGACCGUCAGAAUCGCGCGCAGCGUCAUUAACCACGCCGAUCUCACACUGUCUCCGCGCGAGCGCUCCAUCCUCGGGCUCGACCAGGAUGGAACCAAGCGCGAAACUGCUACCUCCGACGCGAACGUGAACGACGGACACAAAGCGUUCGCGGCGCUCAAGCGCUCGAUCUUCAACAUCUUCUGCGGCUCCGCGACGCACCCCGCGCCGAUCGCGUUCCGCCUCGGUGCGCCCUCCGCCUCCGAUCCGUGCGUGAUCGUGUUCGUGACAGGCCUGCGGCUCGACGUCGGCGGCGGCGGCGGCGGCGCCGUGGUGGUGGCUGACGCGUGGGUUGUGACGGUCACACGCGAGAUCAUGAGCGAGCUCGGGCCGCUCGCGCUCCCGUAUGCGGGGGCGAAGGGGCGGGUUGUCGGGCUGGAUGUGGUGGAUGGGCCGGCGCUGAGGGCAUGGAAGGUGUUUUUGCCUGCUGCGGUGGAGCGGUGCAGGACGUGGGCGCACGGGGAGGGGUGCGAGUAUCGUGUCCGGGGUGGGGCGGGCGGUGUUCUGCUGGCGCUUGACGAGGGCAAUGUGGUCGAGGGGGGCAGCUCGGAUGACGACGAGAGCGAGGGUGUAGACCCGAUCUGCUCGUGCGGGCGCGGGAUUGGGGUAGCGGAGCAGGAGCCGUUUCGCAAGCAGUGGAGGUCGUUCGCGCCGUACGUGACGCGGGCGGCGCUCAGUCCGCUGUUCCCUGUGCCUUGUUAUGAACAGGGUGCUGUGGCGCCUGGAGGCAAGGAGGAGGCGGGGAAGGGUGGUGCCAGUGGCACUGUGUGUUUUGCGUGCGGAGGUAGAGGGAAACCGUCGCUUUUGACGUGCGGCAGGUGUAAGCGGGCCAGGUAUUGUUCGGCGGAGUGUCAGCGGAGGGACUGGAAGGAGAAGCAUAAAUUGGUGUGUGCGGGUUUGGCGGAUGGGAGGAUAUGAGCA